GUUCAGCUUGUCUUGGGUGGAUUGCAACACGGGAGGCUUGAGCACAGAGAAAAAAAAAUAGAAAAAAAUAGAAAACAUGAACAGGUCAGAUGAAGGAUAGGAGCAAAAGUGGGGAAAAGAGGUGGAGGCAGAGAAAAAGGGUUUGAAUAAGCCCAUGCAGAGGAGGAAGUGAGUGAGAACGCUCCUGGGAGACGCCCUGCUCUGGCUCAGGCUAAUUGAAGCUGUGUGUGGCAGGAGACUCAGAGCUGUCACUUCCACGAAGAAGCCAUUUCCUGCAUAUUGGAGGCUGUGUCCUGAAUUCUGAUGAUGUUACCGAAAGCCUCCCCCGCCCGCCCCCCGCAGACCCACACUAUUACUGAGGCUCCUAUCGCCCACCUCCCCACUCCUGUGCCGUAGGUGGUGUGAGAGUGCAUACACCCUCCCACACCCCUGCUCCUCUACGGCUCUUUAAAAACUAUAACAGGGUCAGAGAGAUUCUGAACACGAGCAGAGACAGAAGAACAACAUGUGAAUAUAAAUCAUCUCAAUUUCUCAGCUAGUUUAAUUCAUGUUUUUUUUUAUAUGAGAUUGGGGGGAAAUGUUCAUCACUCGUACUGGUUGUCCCCUGUUGGAUUACAAGAAAUGAUGCCAUUUUACAAGAGUACACAGCUGCAAGGAUCCAGUGAAUAAUUUAUCAUGGAUUAAAGCAGCUAUGAAAACAUUUUGUGGUGAACUACAGUCAUAAAAUACCUGUUGAUAUUGAAAAUGAGUAAAUGGUAUUUUGUGGUACUUUUCAGUCACUUGUUUACUGUUCUUUCUUCUUUUUUUUCCUUUUUCUUUGACUAAAUUUUAAACUUCUUGUGGUCACUUUGCUAAAGUUUUUAUUCUUUUAUUAUUUUGUUUCAUGUUUAUGCUGCAGUUGAUGACACUGUCCUCAUAUAAUUCCGUUUAUGAUACACAGUAAACGAUAAUAAAAAUUGUGAAUCAUAAAUCUGGGUGGUACAAUUAGCAAAAAAGUAGAUUGGGAAUGUAAGACAUCUCAUUUGGUGGAGUAAGGCUUUUAGAGUAAAAACUGAAAACAACUUUUCCACAACAAUCGUGCUAAGAAAAAUGCUGUAGGGGUUUAACAAUGAUAACAUGUAAUGGCUUAUUUGAAGAAAGAGCAACAGGUACAAAAUGUAAAUGAUCUCCAUGAGUCUGUAUUGCCCUCUAGUUUGCAGUGAGCUCAUCACCAUCAGACGUAUUUGUGUUUUUACACAGCUAGCAGAACAUUCUGCUGACAAACUCGGAGGUGUUGCUAAGGUUUGUGUUGUGGUUACAAAUGGACAUUUAUGCUUCAGCGGUUGAUGGCUGAACUCAGACUUUCACACCAGCAGCUCCAGAAGAAUGACUACAACCUUCCAUCUCAUAAUGCUGUCGCACAGAUACUCAGAGAUUACCUGUGCGUCGACACCGAGGCAACACCUAAGGUAAAAAAUGUAACCAUUCAAGAGAAGAAGAGACCGGUCCAGAGGGCACAGGCUGCGAAGGCCAACAAAUCGACAAUGAACCAAACAUUUCGAAUAUGUCAACCACAAAAACGAUCACACCUGCAUGAUUCAGUAUAUGAUCCCAUCUCGGCAGAAAUUACCAAUUGCCAAACUAAGGAGUUGGAGAACUAUCGUUCAGCCAUGAGCAGGAUGGCAGCAGAUAUCAUAACACUCAGGACACAAGUGUUGACGUUAGAGACAGAAAACAGCCAACUCCGCACUCACCUGCAUCUGAAUCCGGACCUUGGCCGACAUCUGCUGGAUGACGCAGACAUUGCCGUCAUGACGAAGGCAGAGAUUGCUGACCAUAUGGCAUCUCUGAAAUUCAAACUGACCAGUGAGACCAAUAAGGCGGCUGUGCACAGAGACAGGAUUCAACAGCUGCAGAACGAGCUCAUCAAGAAAAAUGACAGUGAGAAAGAGCUUCUUCGACUCAAAGGACUCCACCAGUCUGGUCAUCCUCUUCAGCAGCAGCAACAUCAUCAACAGGAGGGUCGGCAGGAAAACCAGGAAAAUGUGGCGACCAUUGAAGCCCUAGAAGCCACGGUCAGACGACAAGGAAAGGUCAUUGAAAAGAUGGAGAAAGCUGUAAUAAGUAAACCUGGAGAAAAGAAGAGACAAAGCGACGACAAAAGUCUGGUGCAGAGAAGACACCUAGGUAAGACUGACUGGAGGACGAGAGAGGUAGAGUUAGCCACACAGGCUGAAAAUUCUCGCCUGCAAGAAGAGCUGGACAAGAUUCACAGGCAGCCUUUUCCUGUCACUGUACAGGAGUCAGCAAAGGAAAAAACAACUCGACCACUUCAGGAAAGUCUGAGUUUACUGAGUAAAUUGAAGAGGGCUGAGGCAAGGAUCCAAACCCUGGAGGCUCAAAUGGUGGAAAACUGUAAGGUGUGGGGACAGAAGACUCAGGAACUGUUGUCCAGACUGGAUGAGUACAAACACGGCAUGGUCCAUUCUGAGGACACAAUCUUUCCUAAUGAUUCCUCAGAGAGGAAAGUUUAUUCUCACUUCAACAACUGGUCAAAGUAACUGGACAAAAUUCACCAAAGAAAACAGACAA